ACUCUAAUUUGUCUUCAAUUUGCUUCCUAGGUCAGGCUAAUUUAUAGCUCAGCUUGUGGUAGUAUCUAUUUGCAAUGGCAGAUGGCCAAGAAAAUGACAAGAAUAUUGAAAUAUGGAAAAUGAAAAAGUUAAUCAAAGCCCUUGAAUCUGCAAGAGGAAAUGGUACCAGUAUGAUCUCUCUUAUUAUUCCUCCUGGUGAUCAGAUAUCUAGGAUUACCAAGAUGUUGGCGGAAGAAUAUGGUACUGCAUCAAAUAUUAAGAGCAGAGUAAAUCGUCAGUCUGUCCUUGGUGCAAUAACGUCUGCCCAGCAGAGGCUUAAACUGUAUAAUAAGGUACCUCCGAAUGGUUUGGUCCUUUAUACUGGAACUAUAAUGACUGAAGAUGGGAAGGAAAAGAAGGUAACCUUUGACCUUACACCUUUUAAGCCCAUUAAUGCGUCUCUAUACCUCUGUGACAACAAGUUUCACACGGGACCUCUGGGUGAGCUUUUGGAAUCAGAUGAGAAGUUUGGUUUCAUCGUCAUGGAUGGUAAUGGUACUCUUUUUGGGACAUUAAGUGGAAACACUAGGGAAAUCCUUCAUAAAUUCACUGUUGACCUUCCCAAGAAGCAUGGAAGAGGAGGUCAAUCAGCUCUGCGAUUUGCUCGUCUUCGAAUGGAGAAACGCCAUAACUAUGUGAGGAAGACAGCAGAGCUUGCUACUCAGUUCUUCAUUAAUCCAGCCACUAGUCAGCCAAAUGUAUCUGGACUAAUACUUGCUGGGUCAGCUGAUUUCAAGACAGAGCUAAGCCAGUCUGAUAUGUUUGAUCCACGUCUUCAGGCAAAGAUACUUAAUGUGGUUGAUGUGUCCUAUGGUGGGGAGAAUGGAUUCAGUCAGGCCAUUGAGCUAUCUGCUGAGAUUCUCUCCAAUGUGAAGUUCAUACAAGAGAAGCGCUUGAUAGGAAAAUUCUUUGAGGAAAUCAGUCAAGAUACUGGAAAGUAUGUAUUUGGUGUGGAUGACACAAUAAAAGCUCUGGAGAUGGGAGCUGUUGAAACUCUUAUUGUUUGGGAAAAUCUUGAUAUAAACCGUUAUGUGCUGAAAAAUAGUGUUACCAAUGAGAUUGUCAUUAAGCACCUAAACAAGGACCAAGAGGCUGAUCAAAGCAACUUCAAGGAUCCUGAGAAUUCAGCUGAAUUGGAGGUCCAGGACAAAAUGCCGCUAUUGGAGUGGUUCGCCAAUGAGUACAAAACCUUUGGUUGUUCACUUGAGUUUGUCACUAACAGGUCUCAAGAGGGGUCACAGUUCUGCCGAGGAUUUGGUGGCAUUGGGGGCAUCCUUCGUUACCAGCUUGACAUGCGUUCGUUUGAUGAGCCAUCUGAUGAAGGGGAAUAUUUUGAGGAUUCUGAUUAAGCUCAUUUCCGUCUCCUUAGCCCAGAUGACGGAUAAAGAGAUGCAAUUUGUUGAAAGUUUUGAGGUUAUCUUAGCAAUGAGUUUCCUUCUAUCAUCCUUAGUAUCAAUCACUGAGUCUUUGAUGUUGUUAAAAAUUGUUUGCUUUUCCUUUACAUGUGAAACAGGUUUCUUUUCGGGACUAUCUUCAAUUGGAAAUAGGACUUCUUAUUGUUU